GCCACGUUAGCAGACCACGUCAGCAGACCACGUCAGCAGACCACAUCAGCAGACCACAUCAGCGGACCACAUCAGCAGGCCACGUCAACAGGGAGUGCCACGUCAGCCACCCGGGCCUGUUUAUGCUGACGCGCUCGCAGACAGCCGUCAUGGACCAGAAACCGGGGGAAACGGCGGAGGCAUAUCAGGACCGCAUGCUGGCUUUUAUCAUAGAAGCCAAGCAGCGGGCGGAUGCAGUAGCAGCUGCAGAGAAGAAGAAGGUGGAGGAUGCGGAGCAGGCACGACUGCUAGCUCUUGAACAGCAGCGUCUGCAGGCCGAGGCAGCAGCGAAGGCUGUAGAUGAAAAACGAUUGAAGCGGCGUGAGAAGAUUUUCAGCGGGGAACAAGCAUUACUCACAUUGGCAGCGGAAUGGCGAACUGAGGCGGAGACAGGGAAGAUGGAGGAGAGCGAGACCAAGAUUGCCCUCCUCCUCUCCCAUCUCACGGACCUCUUGGCGACAUGCAUCGCGCAACAGGAGGACAUUCACAGCCUCGAUGCCGAAGUCAAGAGUGUUCGCAGCCGCGUACAGCAGCUGGAGCAACGACCAGCCGCCGCCCCUGUGGCAAGCUCCUCCAACACAUCAGACCGCCUGGACGCAUUGGAGACUGACGUCAGCACACUCAAGGACGGCGCACGACUACAACAAACCACUACUCAACAAUUGGAGCAGCGGGUCUUUGCUGCCGCCGCCAGCCGGAGUUCGGGACAGCGCGAGUCAACUCCCAAGUUUGACGGUCAGGAGAUCUUCUGCGAUUCAACAAAGACGGAUUCAGUUCAGUGGUUCCGCAAGUUUGAACUCACGUUGCAGCUGCACCUCGUCAGCGAGUGCAAGCACCACGCCGGGCUGCCCUACCAAGGGGAAGGGCAAGCAGGGAGACUGAGCGCCGUCGAGAGUGAGUCGACGACACUCUCGACACCUUCGGAACCGGUUUCUUCGCGAGUGACCGGCCUUCAUUCCGGGGCGCAUGCGGAAGUCGACAGUCCUCUUCUCUAUUCUUUUGAGGACUAUGCUGCCCGACUCGUUCCGGCGCUAGGAUCUUUUGCUCAAGGACAAGACGUGUGUGCGGCAUCUUCUCCGUCCGGCAACGGUUCUUCUUCGUCUUCAAGUGGUUCUUCACGGGAUUCGGCAUGCGGGUUCAACAUAGAGGAAUUGGACCCGCUUAAGUCUGGGGAUUUCGCAUGGCUUCCUCUCCCGACCACAGGACGCUUACCGGGACCGCAAUGCGCAGCACUCUGUGUCCAUCUUCACAAGUACUUGUCCUUCUAUGCACCACCAACUUCGCCGACGGAUGACGAGGUCGCGGUGGGGGACAUCUUGGCAUAUGUUACCAAGGUGGCCCGUGAGUUUCGCACGCAGCGGUACGACGACAAUAAUGCACCGCUGAUGUAUGUCCGCAUCCACGUUGGGCAGACGUCCUGCAGCGCUUUGCUGGAUAGCAGCGCGAUGAGCCAAGCUUUUAUGCAAAGGGCUGGCCUCGGCACACAGGUUCGGAGGAAGGCAAACCCGACGGCGAUCAAGUUGGCGGAUGGAAAGACGCAACAACUUCUCGACUAUUACAUCGAGGCCGUACCGGUGUACUUCGCACCUCAUGCAUGCGAACCGGUCACGUUCGACAUCUUGGACACAGACUUCGAUAUGAUUCAGGGGAUGCCUUGGCUUGCAAGUGCGGAUCACACGAUCAACUUUCACCAGCGGACUCUCACCGUUCGCGACGCCUUCGGCGCCGAGGUGCCGUGUACUAUUCCUCUUCCGCACCCUUCGAUCCGACGCCAAGUUGUGACGGACAAAUCAUUCCGAACUACAUGUGCAUAUGAGCAACCUGAAGAGAUAGGCCUAUGUUUCUUGCGGACUAGCGCGGUAGCCGACUCUUCACCAUCGGACUUGUCUUCGGACCACCGCGUGGUACGGCUGCUUGAUGAGUUCGCCGACAUCUUCGAGUCACCUACCGGUGUGGUGCCGGAUCGGCCAAUCUCUCACGAGAUCAUUCUUGAGGCCGGUGCCGUGCCGCCGAAAGGUUGCAUCUAUUGGAUGAGCGAGGAGGAACUGGAGUACCAAGCCAACCGGGACAAGUGCGAGUUUGUCCGGCAAGAGCUUGAGUACAUUGGCCAUUUUGUCACACUAGAGGGCAUCAGCCCGCUAUCGGAGAAAAUUCAAGCCAUCCAGGAGUGGCCGGAGCCGCGUAACGUCACGGAUGUCCGUUCGUUUCUUGGUCUUGCCGGCUACUAUCAACUCUUCAUCAAGGGCUAUUCGAAGAUCGCGGCCCACGUGACCAAGCUUCAAUGCGAGGAUCGGCCAUUUGACUUCGACGAGGAUGCGCGAGAAUCUUUCUUGGCUCUCAAAGCUGCACUUUUGUCAGCGGAGGUCUUGCGAAUCUACGACCCGCUAUUGCCCACACGCGUCACUACUGAUGCGUCCGGCUAUGGUAUUGGCGCUAUCCUCGAGCAACACGAUGGCGUGGACUGGCACCCGGUCGAGUAUUUCAGCAAGAAGGUGCCCGCCGUGCACUCUAUUGAUGACGCGAGGAAGAAGGAAUUAUUGGCCUUCGUACACACACUCAAGCGCUGGCGGCAUUUCCUUCUUGGUAGACGGCAGUUCCGAUGGGUAACGGACAACAAUCCAUUGAUCUUUUACAAGACCCAGGACACAGUCAACAGCACCAUUGCCCGGUGGAUGGCCUUCAUUGACCAGUUUGACUUCUUCCCCGAUCACAUUCCGGGCAAGUCAAACCGUUUUGCGGAUGCUCUUUCACGACGUCCGGACCAUUGCACUGCCGUCUACUCGACUUUCGAGAUUGAUAACGACUUGCGGGACAAUUUUAUCCGCCGCUACCAGGCCGACCCCGAGUUUCGCAACAAGUACGCAAAUUGUUCCUCGCCCAAUCCGGCACCUUCUCGCUAUCGGAUCCAGGAGGGAUAUUUGCUUGUCCACUCGCGAGGGAAGGAUCUUCUUUGCGUACCGAGUGACCCUCACUUGCGUACAUGGCUUCUUGGCGAGUUCCACGAUGCUCCCGCCACCGAACAUUUUGGCAUCAAUCGAACGAUUGCCCGACUUCGCGAGCGAUUUUGGUGGUCCGAUCUUCUCGACGACGUCACACGCUACUGCGAGUCAUGCGAGAUUCGCCGAUGUUGCAAAUCCCGCAAUCAUCGUCCGUAUGGCGAGUUGCGACCACUACCGGUUCCCUUGCGCCGACGCGAGGCGAUUGACAUGGAUAUCACUGGGUCAUUCCCCAAGCACAAGACCGGUGUGGAUGGGAUUCUCACAGUAGUCGAUCGACUCACCAAGUUUGCCAUGUUUUUGCCUUGUCGCUAUCAUGCCAAGGCACCAGAGUUGGCCGAGAUUCUCUACGCCGGUUGGAUUCGAACCAAGGGUUACCCCAAGGAAAUCGUCUGCGACGGCGACACUCGGUUCAUCUCGCCACCUUUGACGGAUGACCAGACGGAGAGGGCGCACCAGACGGCACAGGUUCUCCUUCGCACUCUCAUCCGUCCUGAUCAGAAGGAUUGGGUUGAGCGGCUGCCGGAUGUCGAAUUGGCCUACAAUUCGUCCAUCCACCCGACUAUUGGGAUGUCGCCUUUCGAGUUUGAGCAUGGCUCUCCGGUCACUUCUCCGUUGGACACCAUCGUUCCACGCACGACCGAGAGCGACGACCAUCUCCUUUUCUUGCGUCGGAUGCAAGAGCUUCUUGUCAAGGCACGCAAUCAGAUGGCAAAGACGCAGCAACGCAUGAGCCAGCAGGCCAAUCGCCAGCGUCUUCCUUGUCCAUUCCGCGCCGGCGACCUCAUCAACGGUGAGAAGUGCGAGUUUGGCUGCACCCGUGUCUUGUACUUGGGUCAUGAGAUUUUCGCGGAAGGAUUGAAGCCCGAUGACGCGAAGAUGGCCAGCAUUCGUGAUUGGCCGCGUCCUCAGUCCGUGAUUGAGAUGAGAUCGUUCUUAGGGAUGACCGGCUACUAUAGGACCUUUGUAAAGAACUAUAGCAUAGUAGCCGCCCCUUUGACUGAUCUAACCCGCCUUGACACCCCGUGGGAGUGGACAAAUGAGUGUGAGGCUGCUUUCAGACAUCUUAAGCAUGCACUGACGCAUUAUGAAGUCUUGAAACUCCCCAAUCCUGACAAUCCAUUUAUAGUAACCACGGAUGCUAGCCAAUAUGGCAUUGGCGCCGUGCUUGCGCAACAGGAGGGGUCAAAGUUGAGGCCGGUCGAGUACAUGUCCAAGAAAAUGCCGUCUCAGAAGUUGGCUAAGUCCACCUAUGAGAAAGAACUCUAUGCGGUAUUCAAGGCGCUGACCCAUUGGAGACACUAUCUCCUUGGCAGGUUCUUUAUCCUCAGGACUGAUCAUCGGACCUUGAGAUGGAUGAGAACACAGCCUGUACUUUCCGACGCUCUGAAGCGUUGGAUCGAAGUCAUUGAGCAGUAUGACUUUGACCCUCAGUACAUCAAAGGAGAGUACAACAAGGUUGCUGAUGCCUUGUCGCGUAGACCUGACUUCUCAGGGGCGCUACUUACUGAGUUCGAUCUUACGGACGAUGUCACUCGAUCCUUGAAAACCGCAGCCAAUCUGCUGCAAAGGUUCUGGUGGCCCACGAUGUUGAAAGAUGCUAAGCUGUAUGUGGAAACUUGUCAAGUUUGCCAACGGGACAAGCCCCGUACUCAGGCUCCUCUUGGGCUGCUCAAGCCCCUUCCGAUUCCGGAAAGGCCGGGUGAAAGUUUAUCCAUGGACUUCAUGGAUACGCUGGUCACCAACAAGAAUGGCAUGAGACAGAUCUUUGUCAUCGUGGAUAGGUUUAGUAAGUUUGCUAGAUUAAUAGCUAUGCCAGAAACAGCGAAGACCGAGUAUGUGAUCAGGCUAUUUAAAGAGAACUGGGUUAGAGACUUUGGACUGCCGAAGUCUAUAGUCAGCGACAGGGACCUCAGGUUCACGAGUGAAUUGUGGAAGGCCGCUGCAGCUGAACAAGGAACUCAACUGCAGAUGACUUCUGGAAAUCAUCCAGAAGCUAAUGGCCAGGCUGAACAAAUGAACCGCGCUGUGCAACACCUGUUGAGGCACUACAUCAAGCCCAACCAGGGAGACUGGGACGAAAAGCUUGCUCUAGUCGCCAGUCUUUAUAACAAUGCUGUACACAGUGCUACCGAGGUGAGUCCUAACAAUCUACAACUGACGUUCAAGCCUAGACUGCCCUUAGACUUCCUACUUCCCGACAACCAGCCAACUGCUACACCGGGCACUCUGGAGUUCGCCUAUAGAUAUGAACAGAAGAUGCAGGAGGCUGUAGAACACAUGCAGAAGGCGCAGGCAGCAAUGAUAGAGUCUGAGAAUAGACACCGCCGCCCUUCUACAUUUCAGGUUGGGGACAGAGUCUGGGUCAAGUCUUCAGAACUGGGACUGGAGUUCGGGAUAUCCCGCAAACUCAUGCCUCAGUACUUUGGACCUUGGGAAGUUCUAGACGUAGUAGGGACAGAUCCUGAUGGCCCAUCAUAUGUCAUCCGUAUCCCUGGUCAUCUCAGAACUCACCCUGUCUUUCACGCCUCUAAGCUCGCUGCGUCCAAGGAAACUGAUCAGUUUCCCUCCCGUCGGUCAAUGCUGCCCCCAACCAUGGACGGAGAAGUCGACAUCGAUGAUAUCGUCGACCACAGGGAGAUGCCCGUUCACAAGCCUCUAGGAAGGGGGGACGUCCUCCAAAGCCAAAGCUGCAGUUUCGUGUCCACUUCAGACAUCACAUUGAUCCGAAAGAGGACCGCUGAUAAGUUUGUCGUGGUCUACUUAGACGACAUUCUGAUCUUUAGUAAGUCUGCCGAGGAGCACGCACAACAUGUUGAGAACGUACUUUCACUCCUGCGACAGCACAAGUAUAAGGUCAACUUAGAGAAGUGCGAGUUUGGUCGCACUAAGAUACUAUACUUGGGUCAUGAAGUAUCCGCGGAGGGAAUUAGGCCGGAAGAUGCGAAGGUGGCUAGUAUUCGAGACUUGCCACGRCCUYAGACAGUCACUGAGGUCAGAUCAUUCUUCGGAAUGUGGGGCUACUAUAGGAACUUCGUAAAGAACUAUUCUACAGUCGCCUCUCCUUUGACUGAUCUAACUCGACUUGACACACCGUGGGGCUGGAGUGAUGAUUGUGAGGAUGCUUUCAAGAGAUUGAAGCAUGCACUCAUGAAUCAUGAGGUUCUCAUGGUUCCCGAUCCGCCGAAGCCAUUCAUAGUGACCACCGACGCAAGCCAAUACGGCAUUGGCGCAAUGCUGGCUCAGCAAGAUGGGAAAAAGUUGAGACCGAUUGAGUAUAUGAGCAAGMAGAUGCCAUCAAAGAAGUUGGCAAAGUCCACCUACGAGAGGGAACUCUAUGCUCUGUAUAAAGCACUUGUCAUACAUCAAUAUGACUUCAAGCUUGAGUACCUGAAGGGAGAGUAUAACAAGGUUGCUGAUGCGCUAUCACGUAAACCAGACUACCUAGGUGCGCUAGUUUCUGACUUUGGCGUUUGUGAAGAAGUAACUCAAUCAUUGGUGGGAGCCUAUCAGGAAGACCCUGUCACGACGGACAUCAUUCGCAAGCUUCAGGCAAAAGACAAGGCCACAGAAAGACAGAGUGUCUCCAUGGAUUUCAUGGACACCCUGGUGACUAGUAAGAGUGGCAAGAGGCACAUCUUUGUUAUCAUCGACCGAUUCACCAAGUACGCUAGACUAGUGGCUAUGCCAGAGACCGCAAGAACUGACUUCGUCAUCAAGUUGUUCAAAGACAACUGGGUGCGUGACUUUGGUUUACCAAAGUCAAUCGUUAGUGACCGAGAUGUCCGAUUCACAAGUGAACUGUGGAAGAAGACCGCAGAACAGAUGGGCAGUCAACUUCAAAUGACUUCAGGGAAUCAUCCUGAAGCCAACGGACAAGCCGAACAAAUGAAGAGAGUUGUACAGCGCUUGCUGCGACAUUAUAUCAAGCCCAGUCAAGAUGAUUGGGAUAAGCAAUUGCCUCUCAUCGCCAGCUUGUACAACAAUGCUAUCCAUAGUAGUACCAGCGUUAAUCCUCAUCAGUUGCACUUGGGAUGGAAGCCUAGAUCAGCACUAGACUUCCUCCUACCCGAAAACCGACCCGCUGCAAUUCCAAGCACACUAGAGUAUGGUGUGCAGUAUGAGAAGUUGCUGCAAGAGGCUGUCAAGCAUAUGAAGAAAGCUCAGCAAGCAAUGAUUGCUUUUGAGAAUCAAUAUCGCAGACAGUUCACAUUUCAAGUAGGGGAACGAGUCUGGGUCAAGGCUAGUGAGUUAGGACAGGAGUUCAGAAUCUCUCGCAAACUAAUGCCUCAGUACUUUGGUCCCUGGGAAGUCCUGGAUAUAGUGGGAGAUGAGAUGGAUGGUCCCACAUAUGUCAUUCGUGUCCUUGGACACCUACGCACUCACCCAGUCUUUCAUGCCUCAAAGCUUGCACCUUUCGCUGAGACAKAUCAAUUYCCUUCCAGGAGAUCGAUGCUGCCCCCAACCAUGGAUGGACACGUGGACAUCGACGACAUUGUGGAUCACAGGGAUAUGCCUGUUCCGAAGCCGCUGGGUCGAGGAAGACCUCCUAAGCCCAAGAGAGAGUACCGCGUCAAGAUUCAGGCAUCAUACGGAUCCGAAAGAAGAUCGAUGGUUUACCAGGGAGGAACUGAUUGAGACAGCUCCUUAGGUGGUGCCAGCAUAUGAGAGGCUACUGAAAGGGAAGGCACCUGCGAAGUAAGCAUCUCAGCGGACUUUCGAAGCUAAGGGGGAUGGAAUGUGAGGAUUGAGCCCUCAAGUAGGGGCCUUGCCAUAAUGUACAUGUUCUGGGCUAAGGCCCCAACAAGCCUCGUGCCCGCCCUAAGUGAAGGCGGGCCAGCAAAUCAACAAGAGCCCUCUGU